AUGAAAAAUCUGAAUGUCCUGGUGGUCGGUGCCGGCAUAGGUGGCUUGCAAACCGCCCUCGCACUCGCAUCUGGCGGCCACCAAGUUGCUGUCUUUGAAUCAGUCAAGGAAUUCCAGGAAGUUGGGGCUGGAAUUCGUGUCCCACCAAACUCCUCACGCCUGAGCUUAUCCUGGGGUGUUGACUUUGAUUCCAUCAAAAAGGUGGUUUCAUCAGGCUUUCGAUUUCUCGACUGGAAAGACAACAAAGUACUUCUGGAUAUUCCCCUUUCCGACGUCGAAUCUCGAUAUGGAGCACCCUAUUAUUUCAUCCAUCGAGCGGACCUGAUAAAUAUCCUCGUUGACGCUACAACAAGGCAGAAAAACAUCGUCCUCCGCCUGGACAGCAGAGUUGUCGAGUAUGACUUCGAUUCCCCAGCGUUAAAGACAGCAGAUGGACAAUGGCACCAUGCAGACCUCAUAGUAUGCGCAGACGGAAUCAGAUCUUCUGUACGGAACAGCAUCAAUGACUCGCCCAUCGAACCCGUUGACACAGGCGAUGUCGCUUAUCGAAUUCUUGUGCCCGCAAAACCACUCCUCGAUGACCCUCAGACCCGGCACCUCGUCACCGAACCCUGGGCAAUGCACUGGCUAGGUCCCGAGGGACAUGCCGUCGGCUACCCACUGCGCGAGGGAGAACUGUACAACAUCAUCAUCGACAUCACGCAUUCCAGCGACCUAGGCCCGCCGCUCGACCAAGACGAAUGGAAAUCUCAAGCUGACAACACCGAGCUCGUCCGCAGAUUCGCAGAUUGGUGCUACCCUGUCCGCAAACUCUGCAGUUUGACAGGGCAAUAUCUGAAAUGGAAACUUGCGGACUUCGACCAACUUCAACACUGGGUCCAUCCAAGUGGCAAAGUCGCAUUACUCGGAGAUGCGUCACAUCCGAUGAUGCCGUACAUGGCGCAAGGAGCCGCGCAAGCGACUGAAGACGCCGCAACUCUACAAGCAGCGCUGGCUCACUUCGACAAUAUUCCUGACGCCCUGCGCGCGUAUGAGAAGCAACGACGACCUCGCGCCGCUUUUGUCGCCCGCAACACUCGCGUCCUCCAACAAUGGUGGCAUCUGUACGAUGGGCCCGAACAAGAGCGUCGCGACGAACUGAUGAAAUACGACAACAGUUCCAACCCGAUCUACUGGGGCGAGUCAACUAGAAGAGACUGGUUGUUUGGCCAUGAUGCUCGCAAAUUGCUGAACGACGACAAGUUAAAACUACCUGGUCUGCCGCCGUAUCCGGUUUCUCAAGCAUCUGUAUAUAUCAAUGUCCAGACAAAAAAUGGGGUCUAG